GCCGAAAGUGCGCCUCGCCUCGACUUUUGAAGAUUGAUUUACGACAAACAAGGAGCAUCCAUCACUUCAACACCCACACAAGUCAAGAUGGUCCGCUACGCUCCCGCCGGCCGCAUUGAAAGCGCCAAAUCGGCUCGCAGCCGUGGCAGCUACCUCCGAGUCAGCUUCAAGAACACCAGAGAGACUGCCCAGGCCAUCAACGGCUGGAAACUCGACCGAGCUGUCAAGUACCUCGAGAAUGUCCAGGAAUUCAAGGAGGCCGUCCCCAUGAGAAGAUAUGCUGGCAGCACUGGCCGAAGCGCACAAGGCAAGCAAUUUGGUGUCUCCAAAGCCCGACACCCCGUCAAAUCCGCCGAGUUCCUUUUGGGUCUGCUCAAGAACGCCGAGGCCAACGCCGACACCAAGGGUCUUGACACCUCGAAUCUGAUCGUCAAGCACAUCCAAGUCAACCAAGCCCCCAAGCAACGCCGCCGAACAUACCGAGCUCACGGUCGUAUCAACCCUUACAUGUCGAACCCCUGCCACAUCGAACUCAUCCUGACCGAAGCCGAGGAGAACAUCACCAAGUCCGAGGACCUGAGCGCCCCCAGACUGAACGCCAGACAGCGUGGUGCUCAGCGACGAAAGGCCAUCACUUCAUCCUAGAUCACGACGCAGAUUGUCAAAAGGGGAUAAAUGGUGCUUACCUUGACAAAUGUUGAUGAGCGGCGCUUUCGAAUUCGACUACGGUGGGGUGGUGGCAUGGCGGCAUGGCACUGGUUGUGACUCUCCUCACACGGAGCAACGACAACCAAGUGAAGUGAAGACUACUGUGAUGGCCCAUGGUGGGAUCCAAGGACAGCGACGGGUGUUUGAAUGAGGUCCACAGCCCAUCAUCAUGCCUCCACCUGUUCUUCCGCGAUGUUCUUGGGCGCACACAAAACCUGCUCUGAAGAGCUUGUAUCAGACCUAGGUCCAAAAACAAAUCACAAUCAAGACUAUUUCAAUCUUC